AUGUGCCAUCCAUUACGUGCCGCGAUCGUGGAGGAGGAGGAGGGAAGAAGGGAAGCUAGGCGCCUGUGCGGGUUAUGCCUUGCUUCUGCCAUGGAUGGUGCCCUGUCUGCACAUCGUUCCCGGGGGCAACCCUGGCUUCCGCGGCUCAUGAUGCCUGUCGACCGUUUGGCCGCCCACCCCUCUCCCUUGAACGACCCUCAGGCCAGUUUUGUUCUUCUUCUGCGAGCCUACCCCCCAGACAAGAUGCGACGCUACUCAAGGUCGACACCCGCCUCGGCCGAAUUCGGUCACAGCCGGGUGGAAUUCUCUAAUAAAGUGCGGCGAUGUUGUUGCUGGCGAAGAAGAAAAGGGUCCCAGGAAGAAAGAAAGCAAGACCCGGGAGAAGAAAAGAUCCGACGACUUCGACUUCUUUGUCUCUCUGCCAUGUGCUGA